AUGAUUGGCGGUACCCAUGCGCAGUAUCCCCUCCACUCUGCGGUCAAAGACAAAGACUCAUCGCGCGAGCUGUAUGUACGCGUGAGUUCUCGCCGCCGCCGCCUCGCCCCACCACCGCCCGCACCACCCGCUCGCUCACUCAGUCGCUGCGCGCCGCACGGCACAUCUUUGUUCAAGAAAAUGUCAAAGAAACGAAAGUAUGACGAGUCUUAUGUUAACUUUGGGUUUACUUUCGUGACUGAACGUGAUGGAACUCAAAAACCGCAGUGCUUUUUAUGCGGAAAAGUGCUUGCUAAUGGAAGUAUGAAACCAGCAAAGUUGUCAGAACAUCUUAAAACUGUCCACCCUGGAAAUGUAUGUGACAGCAUUGAUGACUUUCGUACUAAGAAGGCUCGGUUUGAAAAAGCCGGCACUUUACCUAAAUUAGGAUUCACCCCGACACAAAAACCAUGUCUUGAGGCAUCGUACAAGGUUGCUUACCGUAUUGCUCAGCAAAAGAAGCCACAUACUAUCGCGGAAACAUUAGUGAAGCCUUGCGCACUGGAUAUUGUGGAACUUGUGUGUGGUAAGAAUGAAAGAAAGAAGGUUGAAGCUGUUCCCUUAUCAAACGAUGUUAUUCAUUCUAGAAUUGUUGAAAUGUCGUCAAAUGUUUUAAAGCAGGUUAUUGAAGAAUUGAAUGCUUCACCGUUUCCGUUCAGUAUGCAAUUGGAUGAAAGCACCGAUGUAUCACAAUGCAGCCAACUCUUGGUGUUUGUCCGUUAUGUAAAACAUGAUACGCGUAGUAUCAAAGAGGAGUUUCUUUUUUGCGACUCACUUUUAGAAACUACGAAGGCUUCAGAUGUCUUCGAAAUGAUAAAAAAAUUUUUCAUCGCACAAAAUGUAGACUGGAAGACUAAACUUGGUAGUAUAUGUACCGAUGGAGCUCCCGCGAUGCUUGGUAAUACAUCUGGUUUUGCGGCUUUGAUCAAGAAAGAGUGCCCUCAUGUUAUAAUCACUCAUUGUGUCUUGCAUCGACAUGCCUUGGCUUCACGAACUAUGCCUACUUUUUUGAAGGAAGUUAUGUCUACAUGUGUCAAAAUAAUUAACUUCAUCAGAGCAAGAGCCUUAAACCACCGCCUGUUUAAAAAGCUUUGUCAAGAAAUGGGUUCAGAACAUGAAGUACUUCUUUACUACACAGAAGUUCGUUGGCUGUCAAGGGGACAAGUAUUGAAGCGCUUGUUUGAGUUGCGAGAAGAAGUGUUACUUUUUCUGAAAAACAAAGAAAAUUCAUUGUAUGAAUAUCUUGAAAGAGAAGAUUUUGUGGAAGGGCUAGCGUACUUAGCUGAUAUAUUUACUCAUUUGAACGAGAUUAACCUGUCUCUUCAGGGUUUUGCAGUCACCAUUGUGGAUGCGUCUGAACGGCUGAAAGGUUUUUUUAGGUAA